AUGGAUGAAAAUGCAGACGUCCCGGUGUCGGAUUUCUCCGACUCUAUUGACUCGGGUGUGAGCGUAUUGCAGACGAGGACUGGAUCUGCUGCAUCAUAUGAUAGUCCUCAGAGACACCGGAGGCGAAACCCUAGAGCAAGGCGUCCGGUGAAGGAAACACUGGACGCCCGCUCCUCGUAUUACACCAGUCAAGAUGAUGGUACUGCUGAACAUCGCAUCAACCAAUAUGUGAUUAAGCAGGAGAUCGGACGUGGCUCGUUCGGCGCCGUUCAUCUGGCAGCAGAUCAAUUCGGUAAUGAAUAUGCUGUCAAGGAAUUCUCCAAGUCCAGGUUAAGGAAACGUGCGCAGUCGCAUUUGCUGCGCAGACCCCGAGGCCCGAGACGGCCUGGUACGGAUUUUAAUUCGCCUUUGCAUCGGCAUCCUUCUGGAGAUGAUGAGAAUGCACAGAAUCCCUUGUAUUUGAUCAAGGAGGAGAUUGCCAUUAUGAAGAAAUUGAAUCAUGGCAAUCUGGUCUCAUUGAUUGAAGUCUUGGAUGAUCCAUCCGAAGAUUCUCUGUAUAUGGUCAUGGAGAUGUGCAAGAAAGGUGUGAUCAUGAAGGUUGGGUUGGAAGAGAGGGCGGAUCCCUAUGAUGAUGAGCAUUGUCGGUGCUGGUUCCGCGAUUUGAUCUUGGGGAUCGAGUACCUGCAUGCUCAAGGGAUUGUCCAUCGAGAUAUAAAACCAGACAAUUGUUUGGUCACAAACGACGAUGUGUUGAAGGUGGUCGAUUUUGGUGUCUCGGAGAUGUUCGAAAAAGACUCAAACAUGUUCACUGCCAAGUCAGCUGGAUCACCAGCAUUUCUUCCGCCAGAGCUGUGCGUCGUCAAGCACGGUGAUGUGUCAGGAAAGGCGACAGAUAUAUGGUCCAUGGGUGUGACGCUGUAUUGUCUUCGAUAUGGAAAGCUGCCAUUCGAGAAGCAUAACAUUUUCGAGUUGUACGAUAGUAUCAGAGAAGAUCCUCUUGUCUGUGAAGACGAGGAGGAUGAGGGAUUCAAGGACCUGAUGAAUCGCAUUUUGGAGAAGGAUCCGGAGAAGCGGAUCGAUAUGUUUGGCUUACGGGAACACCCUUGGGUAACAAAGAAUGGGACAGAUCCUCUGCUAUCAUUCGAGGAAAAUACGUCGCAAAUCAUUGCACCACCCACAGAAGAAGAGCUGGACCGCGCUAUCACAAAAAACAUGGGCCAUCUCAUGACCGUGAUGAAAGCCGUCAAGAAAUUCAAACGACUGACAGAUCCCACGAAGGCUCAAACCCCUCAAACUCCCAUGGAGAGCAUCCUCGGCGGUGAAGGGUCCUAUUUCGUCGAACCCCCAAUGGAAAUGGACCCAGACGAGCCCUUCCCAGCAGUUGGCGAGGCACCCCAUGGCAGCAGUCUACGCGCAGGCGUACGCAAAGUCUUCAGACAUCCAUUCGCCGCGUUCCGUGACCACGGCGCCCCAGGCUCCAGCGACUCAGCCAGCAUCUCAUCGAGACCCGAGCACAGUGCUAACAGCAGCCAGCGACCCAGCGGCGUCUUCGAGGAGGGCUCAGACUCGCCAUUAGGCCACGCAUCCCCUUACAUCCCCUCACGCACAAGCUCAGCAACAACAAAGCGCAGCAUGGAAGGUACAAGGGGCCAUGCGCGGGAUCCUCUAGAGGAAGAAUUCCCAUACCUUUUCAUCGGCCCGUCGACAUAUACAGGCUCCCAGGAACCGGAAGUUGAAAUGAGCGACGAGCCCGCUUCCGUCUUUGAAGAACCAGACACCCUCGAUGCAGAGCCUGAGCAAUUUGUCAGCGAAUCGCCCGGCGCUGCAGAAUUCAACAUAUAUGAAACGGCCUAUAGGUCUGAGCUCGAGCGCAUCAAGCAGAGUCAAAAAGACAAAGACCGCAACACCGGCCCGAAGGUCUAUCUGACGCGCCGCGUUGAGAACAAAGACGAGGUGAUGAAGCUGGCCAAGGAGAAGGCCUUGGAUCUGCAGAUCGGUCAGCGGUUCACCUUUGCUCCCAGCAGGACAGCGUCGUCGAUCGGGUCGGCGGUUAGUGCGCUGCGCUCGCAGAUGUUGCAGAAGAGGCAGGCGGAGCAGGUCGGCGAGGCUGCUACUGUUGGUGAUGCGGCUGGUGGGCAGGAUCAUCAGCCUCAUCUUCAUCCCCCGUCUGUCACUUCGCAGGGGAUUCCUGGGCCCGAGCCUUCAUCGCUUGAGGCGACAGGUGUGUCGUCUGCUUCGGGUGAGGAUUCGAAGUCUCACUUGCGACGGCUUCUUGAUCGUGGGAACGAGUAG